UUCUCGCUCGCACAUUGACAAUUUUACGGAAACGUCGCCGCGUGAGUAGAGAGUGCCCGACUUGUUUCGGUAAAGUCAUCCAAAGAUCAACAGAAACACGAUCGGUGGAAAUUGAUCAUAAAACGGAUUUUUUCUCGCGCCGCCAUGGCGUCAGAGAGAGGAAGGGAGAUGGAACGGGAAAGAAAGAGAGAGAAAGAGACAGAAGGAAACAGCAGGGAAAUCGGAGCGCACAUCCUAACCUAUCCUAACCUAUAAUGAUUUUGUUGAAUGGUUCGUCACGCAAUCCAACGCAAUCGUAAAAAGUCAAACUAACCUGAAUCUCUGUCCGCUGCUGCUAAUCUGGACUUCGCGACGCGGUGAACUUGCCUCGGAAUAAUACAAUGAACUUGAUCGGCAAAUUAUGUCAAUUGAGGCCAACGUUACGAGGUUACAGGAAUUUAUACCUUACACAUGUUAAAAAUGCAUACGAAGGACCUGGUAAAACCACCGUAACAUUCAUCAGUAAGGAGAUAGGCUCUCGAAUCUAUGUAAAUCGUUGUGAUCAGAUGGGAUUCACGUUGAGUACCGGUACAAAAGUGUUGGGGCCAACAGUGCUUUUUCCCAGACAUGCUAUCUGCUGGAACAUUCAAUCUGGCAAGCACAUAAACGAGGCGUCGCUUUCAUUAUUCACUGUCCUCGAGCCAAAGCCUGAUCUCUUGAUCAUUGGAUUGGAUGAUCAAUAUGAUUUUGCUUAUAUGAAAAAUCUUCGAGAAUGUGUACACAAGCUUGGUAUCAAUACGGAAAUAAUUUCUGUAUAUAAUGCAUGUACGGUGUUCAACUUCGUCAAUGAGGAGGGCAGAUUCGUCGUUGCAGCAUUGAUACCGCAAAAAGCACCUAAACGACUAUUGAAGCUACCAGAGAGUAAACCCGCGAAACAAAUAACGGACUCUGGUAGUGCUGAAAACAGCAAAACGGACAAUGCAAAAACAGAAAGUACAAGAAAUAGAUAGAACGUAUAGAGGUACAUAUAUGACAAUUAGCGAGAAGACUGUAUUAUAUUGUAUAAUAAAAUAACUUCUGUAAAUUAUG